CUGAACUCAAAUGGCUUCUUCCACUGCCAAAAAGAUAGUCUCUGAGAUCCCCACCUGGAUCCGUGUCUACGACGACGGCACCGUCGAACGCCCUCGAAGCUUUCCACCGGUGCCGCCUUCCCUUGAUGAUCCUGUAACCGGUGUCUCAUCAAAGGACAUAAUCAUCUCACAAAACACCAAACUCUCUGCACGCCUCUACCUUCCAAAGCUUGACAAUGACAAAGUGAAACUCCCCAUCUACAUCUACUUCCAUGGUGGUGGAUUCUUCUUUGAAUCCGCAUUCUCCAAGCUCUACAAUGACCAUCUCAACAAGUUGCUCUCUGUAGCCGAUUUUAUAGCGGUUUCCGUGCAGUACAGGCUAGCACCGGAACACCCUCUACCUGCAUGUUACCACGACUGUUGGGACGCUUUACAAUGGGUGGCAUCUCAUGCUUCCAGAAACACCACCAACACCGAGCCAUGGUUGACUGAUCAUGGUGAUUUUGACAAGGUUUACAUAGGAGGUGACAGUGCCGGUGGCAAUAUUGCCCAUAACAUAGCCAUGCGUGCAGGGCUUGAGUCUUUGCCUUGUGCUGUUAAAAUAUCAGGUGCUAUUUUAUCCCACCCUUAUUUCUGGGGCUCGCAACCUGUUGGAUCAGAAAGUGUUACGAAUUUGGAGCAGAAUAUGAACCGUUUGAUUUGGAAGUUAGUGUACCCUUGUGCACCUGGAGGGAUUGAUAACCCAAUGAUCAACCCAAUGGGUCCAGGUGCACCCAGCUUAGAUGGACUUGGGUGUUCCAAGGUUCUUGUGCUUGUUGCUGGCAAGGAUGAUUUAAGGGACAGAGGGCUUUGCUAUUACGAAGCUGUGAACAAGAGUGGGUGGCAAGGGAAGAUACAGCUCUUUGAAGACAAGGAUGAGAAUCAUGUUUUUUAUUUGUUCAAUUCGGAAUCUGACACCGCCACUCAAUUGAUCAAACGCAUGGCUUCUUUUCUCCAAGCAGUUACUGAUGAGACCUACGCGGUUCACUACUGUCCAAACACAACAACUUAUUCUCCCAACAGCAUUUACCAAACUACCCUCAACCAGCUCCUUUCAUGGCUCACGUCGAACUCCUCAACCGCCAAAAACGGUUACUACAACACUACCAUCGGCGCCAACACCCCUAACAACACCAUCUACGGCUCCUUCCUCUGCCGUGGAGACCUCACCCCCACCGCAUGCCACGACUGCGUUUCCGCCGCAGCCAAAAAGGUUCUUCAACCUGAUUUCUGCCCCGUGGGGAAGGAAUCAGUUAUAUGGUUUGCAGAGUGCAUGGUUCGUUACUCGGACCAACCGUUUUUCUCUGUAGCUGCUGAGGUUCCUGUGUAUUCCCUAUCCAACACGGGAGACGUGUCAGAUGAAAGCCACUUCAUGACGGUGUUAGGAGACACGAUGAAUUCGGCGGCGGAACAGGCGGCGAAGGGUGGCGCUGACAAGAAGUUUGGUACCAAAGAAGCAAACAUUUCAAGCUUCCAGACUCUAUACACGCUAGCACAGUGCACACCGGAUUUGUCAGAAUUUGGAUGCCAGAAAUGCCUCAAAAUAGGAACUGGACAAUUACCUUCUUGCUGUGAUGGAAAGUUAGGAGGAAGAGUGCUGAUUCCAAGUUGUAAUGUUAGGUUUGAAUUGUACCCCUUUUACCAUGAGAUGGAUGUGCCUCUGCCACCACCACAGUCCAACCCAAACCCUAAAGAUAAAUCCAAUAUAGAUGCAGUAUUAAUAAUCGCAAUUGUAGUUCCAAUUGUGAUUGUUUUGUUGCUUUUCUUGGCUACCUUAUGGAUCAUAUCUACACGGACAAGAAGGAAGAAGAACAAUUCGGUGCCAGAGGGAACUCUGGAAAGUAGUGUUCAAAUUUCCAGCGUAGAGUUCUUGCAAUUUGAUGUUGAUACAAUCAUAGAGGCCACAGACAACUUUUCUGGUGGCAAUAAAUUAGGGGAAGGAGGAUUUGGUGAGGUUUACAAGGGUACACUACCUAAUGGGCAAGAUAUUGCUGUGAAGAGACUAUCAAGAAACUCUAGACAAGGAAUAAUUGAGUUUAAGAAUGAGGUACUUUUGGUAGCCAAACUCCAACAUAGAAAUCUUGUUAGGCUACUCGGAUUUUGCUUGGAUGGAGAAGAGAAAAUGCUCAUCUACGAAUUUGUUGCAAACAAAAGCUUGGACCGUUUUCUAUUUGAUGCCAGCAAACAACACCAGUUGAGUUGGCCAAGACGAUACAAAAUCAUAGAAGGAAUUGCUCGAGGAAUACUCUAUCUUCAUGAAGAUUCCCGACUCAGAAUCAUACAUCGUGAUCUUAAAGCCGGUAAUAUACUACUAGACGAGGAUUCAAACCCAAAAAUCUCAGAUUUUGGAAUGGCAAGACUUUUCGGUGCUGAUCAAACUCAAGCAAACACCAAUAGAGUUGUUGGAACAAUUGGAUACAUGCCUCCAGAAUAUGCAAUGCGUGGACACUUUUCUGAUAAAACGGAUGUCUACAGCUUCGGUGUCUUAGUUCUAGAGAUAAUAUCAGGAAAGAAGAUAACAUCCUUCUAUGAUUCAGGCUAUGCAGGGGACCUCUUGAACUAUGCUUGGAAACAUUGGAGAGAUGGGACCCCAUUGGAGCUACUAGACACGAGUCUGAGAGAAUCAUAUUCAAGAGCCGAAGUAAUUAAAUGCAUCCAUGUUGGGUUAUGCUGUGUACAAGAGGAUCCAGCACAAAGACCAACAAUGCAGGCUAUAGUUCUAAUGCUAAACAGCCAUACAGUUACUCUUGCAAGUCCUGCACAACCACCAGCUGGUUAUAUUGGGAGCAGAUCUCACUCCAAUUUCCCAACAAAAGAGAUGGUGAACACAUCAUCAGACAAGUCUACAAACACAAGCACAAGUCAGAGUUCAAUAAAUCGGCCAACUUUGCCAUCAAAGGAGAUGGAAAACUCAAAUGCACGUUUUUGCCCCAGGAACUGCAUACUUCACAAUUCAUUAACAGAAAUGGCUUCUGCAACACCCACCACCACACCUUCCUCUAACAAGAAAGAGAUUGUUACAGAGGUUCCUCCAUACAUCAGAGUCUUCAGUGAUGGGACCGUGGAACGGUUAAUACAAAUACCAUUUGUGCCACCACUUCUUGAUGAUCCAAAAACCGGUAUCUCAUCCAAAGACAUAAUCAUCUCACACAGCCCUCCAAUCUCCGCUCGCAUUUACCUUCCAAAGCUCACCAAUGAGAAAGAGAAACUUCCCAUCCUUGUCUACUUUCAUGGUGGUUCAUUCUUCUUGGGAUCUCCUUUCUCUCAGUGGUUCCAUGACUAUAUCAACAGUUACCUUGCUCCACAAGGAAAGUUCAUAGUGGUUUCCAUGGAGUACAGGCUGGCACCAGAAAAUCCUCUCCCUGCAUGUUACCAUGAUAGUUGGGACGCUCUCAAAUGGGUAGCAUCUCAUUCUGAUAACAAAACCAGAGUUAACACAGAGCCUUGGUUGAUUGAAAAUGGUGAUUUUGACAAGGUCUUCAUCGGCGGCGACAGCGCCGGUGCCAACAUCGCACAUAACAUUGCGAUGCGCGCUGGCGCUGAAGCCUUGCCGGGCAAUGUUAGAGUACAUGGUGCUCUUUUGUGCCACCCUUUCUUUUAUGGAUCAGAAAAUGUUCUAGACCCUGAGGUGGAUUCUAGCAUUUUGGCUUGGAAGUUUGUGUAUCCUUCUGCGCCAGGUGGAAUAGAUAACCCAAUGAUCAACCCAAUGAGUGCAGGGGCACCUAGCUUGGCUUCUCUUGGGUGCUCCAAGAUGAUUGUGUGUGUUGCUGGAAAGGAUCAAUUUAAACUGAGGGAUCGAGGGGUUUGGUAUUAUGAGGCUGUCAAGAAUAGUGGGUGGCAUGGCAAGAUUGAACUAUUUGAAGAGGCAGAGGAGGAUCAUUGUUAUCAUGUGUUGCAUCCUGAGACUGAAAAUGCUUUAAAAUUGAACAAACUCUUGGCUUCUUUUCUCCAGGAGUAGAAGAAUGUGUUUAACUUUUUUGCUUUAUUUCAUUUGUUUCUGUUGGUUUUUCUGUGAUGUGAGGUGAUCUUUCCUACUUAUCUGAAUAAUAGAACGCUUACUUGAUUCAUCACUUGAGCAUGUUGUGAUGUGCCGCAACAUAAUGUAUUCAAACUUCUAAUAAAGAAAGGGCAGUUCAGUGCACAAAUAUUUCACCUUAAUGUAAAAUUGGGAAAAUGACCACACCCAAACAAUAUAUUGUAAAAAAACUGUGCUUUUAAAUGGGGUAGAUGUAGAUUUGCCACCAUCCACUACCUUGAAGCAGAUAAUAAUAUUACCAAAUCACUGGGUAGGUAGGGCGGCACGAGG